AUGAUUCUUUUGGCCCCCACAUUGGUCGCGCUGGUCGGUCUGCUGCCUUUUGUUUCAUGCGAGAAGGUCGGCUAUUUUGAAUCAACUUCAUGUGCAGACCCUAAAGGUCUCGCAUCCUGCUACAAGUUAGUUGAUGAGCGUUACUCGACUUGUAUAAACGAGAACUGUGGCGGUGGAGGCGAAGCUUGCUCCAAGUCUUGUGGUGGGAGCGUCUCUUGCAUGAACGCCAAAUGCCCUGGUCUGGGAAUUGACUGUAUGAAUGCGUGCGCAGCCGAGCAAUCCGCUCUCCAGAUAGAUUGUGCUGGUGCACAUUGCUGGAAUCAAGUCUACUCUUGCGAAUAUCAAAACACUGUAUUGGACUUUAUUUCUGUCAGCAACAACCCUAAUCGAGAUGGACUACCAUAUUGGCCUGUGCCCGAUGACGCUCCUGGGUCUUGCUCUUGCAACAUUGGAAAGAUUGAUCUCAAACAGUCAUUAAUCGUGGAUCAAAUGACCGAAUGCUCAAAUAACAUGACCAAUAUCGAGACACUUACAGAAGUUGAUGAUAUCAAUGACUAUGGCAAGGCCUGUCUGUGCUGUGCUUAUAGCAGCAUCAUUUCCUCGUAUGCCUCCCAUUACCUAUUAACCCCUAUCUGGGAUACUUGCCCAGACAUCAAACCGUCGCUGCUGAGCGCAGAUGAAUGGUUCGAUAGUGUUCUGAUUCCAGGCGACUGGGAUAAAUGUGGACCAUAUCUCAAGGCUUUCGACUGUGCUGGUGAUUUGGGCUACGGUCGUGCAGAUGCUGGAGCAAACACUAAAUUUUGGAGCCCAACCAGCAUGCCGACGAAUGGCACAAAGACUGCUUCCAACAUCGCAGGUUCCAUUGCCAGUCCAGUUAGCGGUAACACCUUUACCUGGACAUUUGGAAGAACGACCAAUGCUUUUGGUCGAACUACCAGCCCUGUUUUACACACCGUUACUGUGAGCUCAGUAAAGGCAGUAGUGACCGACUCUAAGGCCCAAGCUACAAGUGACAGCGGGAGCACGGCAACCGGUACAGCAGCGAGUGCGACAGCAAGUGAGACUAAGCCGGGGGCUGGGUCAUCUAUCACUGUUCCGUCAUGGACCAUAAUUGCCAUCUUCGUGGCCGUGCUAUUUUCGGGUUUCUGA